AUGUCGUCCCCCAUCCCUAAGCUCCUCCGCGAGUCGAGCGACCUCACCAUCACCUCCGCCUCCACCCCCAGCACAACCACCUCCACCCAUAUCAUUCCUACGAAUAAUGUAACCUACACCCGCGCCUCCCGAAAGCCGUCCACCAAGCUCACCACCCUCAAUCCCUUCCGCAAAUGCACCUCCCGACAAAAACAACACCACACUCGUUUCCAAUUAUCUCACCAACCUCUCUUCCGCAACUCCCUCCUCGCCGGCGUCGGCUUCCUCGAGCUCGCCAACGCAGCCGACUUUGCCGCCAAUGUAUGGAACCAGAUCCCCGUCCCGAAAUACGCGAUGGUGUUUAUGGCUAUCGGUGGACCAAUCGCUCUCCUCAUAACCUUAGUUGCUGCUCGAGACUUCUACCUGAGUUACACGAACGUGCAGCUACUCCUGAAAGAACGUCGGUACCUGCGCGAGUUACUUGAUUCCGUUACCACCACAACCACAACCACAACAACAACACAAAACACAAACACUAAUACGCAAGCCGAAAUCCUCCUACGGAGUAGACUAAGCGUCAACUUCCGCGAACUCGGCACCGAAAUCGUCGACCGCAUCCUCAUGGACGCGCUGAUGGGAUUCGGCGCGCUCCUCGUCGGCACGGGCACCAUCAUGGCGAUCUUCGGAGCGAACCACCACGUCUACGUCGCGAGUAACUUGCUGAGCGGGUAUAUAGGCAAUGGAUUAGCAGCAGUAUUUGGGCUCGUCAAUGCGAUCUGGUCGGGAUAUUUGGUAGGCAGGUUUCAGGUUUGCUGGGGUGUUUGCCUUAAUAUCACCGAUACAAACACCACAACAAGGGAGGUAAACAACCAUGUGACGGAAGUCACCACCAUCACCACCACAGAUACAGACCUGGAAGCAGAAGUGAAAAUGUACAAAGACCCCCUGAAGCUCCGCUUCCGCAGCUUGCAAUUCCAUGCGCUCGUUAAUGGGAUCAACGGGCUUGUGGCCGGCGCAGCGAGCAUGGUUACGGCGACGAUGUGGUACGGGGUCAGGGUCGGGUAUGAUCGGCCUUUGUUGUCUUCGAGUACUUCUGCUUCGUUGUUGUCAACUGCGGGUGCAGGAAGGCGAGGUGCUGGUGGUGGUGGUACAGCUACCCCUACUACCAAUGGGAAUGGGGGGAGUGGAGGGAAUGAAAAAACCGACCUCCUCCUCGACCUCAGCAGUGCGACACAUCUCCAUCGCAUGCUUGCAUCAUCCACCAAAGACAGUGGGAUACAGUUACCCCGACACAUCCUCAACCGCCAGAACCCAUCGUCCGUCAUGUCUUUCCUUACCCGGAAUGGCAUGUUCGAGGGGUUCUGCGUCUGGAUUGAUCACGAUAAAACCCUAGAAAGGGGCGUGGAGGAUUUACUUGAUCUGGACUCAUUAACAACCUCCCCUGAGGGGAAUAACAAUAACGAAAAGCCUAACGAGGAAACUAUCAAUGAAGAAGAGGAGAAGGGCAUGGAAAUCUCCCUCACAGCCGACGACUUCCUGACUCUCGCGCGUCACGACAGCGACAUUUUCCUGCGGAAGAUGAACGAGUAUCUGGAUGGGAAUGUGUGUCGGGCGGUGGCGUAUCGCGAGAGGUUUUUGUUGGAGGUGUUGGGGGUGGUUGUCUAUUUGGAAUCUAUCCCUAAGGAUAAUGACGAGGUGGAGAGGAAGAGGAGGUGGUGGUUUGGGUGUUUAUGA